AUGGGUCAAGAAUUUGCAUUAUUGACUUUGAGCUCUAGCACACCAUGUAUAUUAGAAAAGAAUUCUGUUAUUCAAUCUCAUAAGAAACUGUUUUGGGUCUGGUUGGAAUGCACUGGAACCACAAAUCUUGUCGGAAAAUUCACCCAAAGUGUUAGACGGAUUGUGCAAGAUGUAAAAGAUGAGGGAACGGCGAGUGGACUAAGCAAAGACGAAGUGAUAGAUACCAACGAGCGUCUAAGGGCAGUUCGUAUACGCCUAGAAGAGUCCUACGAUACUGCCAAAAAAUCGUUGGUGACCCUUAUGACCAAGUACGGAGAUAGCAAAUCCCAGCGAAAUGUUUUCCAUCGUUACAAUAUGCUUAAACUCAUGAUAAAGGAAGUAAUACGACUGGAGACAAACUACUGGACUCUUGUGGACAUUCCUAAGCAAGAAAAACAAGAAACGGUUCCUUCAUUUGUUCUGAGAGCAUGUUCUAUUAUGGAAAAAACACAAAAAAGUGGUGAAGGCGUCAAAACUUCAACAAAACUGGCAGAGGAGGCUGCUGAUCGACGUGAACGAAUAGAAAGAUUAGGAGAUAUGACCACUGCCCAGAUAGAAGCCGAAAACACACAAAUGACAAAUGAUAUGUAUCGUCUUCUCAAAAAAUAUUCUGGUUUGAGGAAUUUAAUAAGAGAAUUGAAGAGUGAAUACAUGAAUUCAAAAGUCUAUCCGAUGUUUCCUCGAUAUACGAUGCUGAAGGACAUGAUUAAGGACAUAAUGCACCACCCAGAUUACAUGGAAGUUUGCCACGAAGUGGAUGCCUAG